UGCGAUUUAUUUCAUCUGGAAUCCUACGCUCUUAGAAAGUGUUGCGGUUUCGUUUGGUUAUGCAAUCAUUGAUGUGGAACAUGUGUUGAAAGACGAUCUUAUACUGUGGUUGAACGGAAUAAUAAGUGACCAUGGAUGAAACAUUGAAACAUUAUAAUCCAAACCCGACCCUCACCACCAAUCCAAUAUCGAAAUUGUUCUUUUGGUGGCUUAACCCAUUGUUCAAGAUAGGCUACAAAAGAAGAUUAGAAGUUGAUGAUAUGUACAAUGUCUGUGAACAGGAUUCAUCAGACAACUUAGGAGAUAGAUUAGAAAAAGAAUGGAAUAAAGAAUUAAGGAAAAGAGAAUCUGGUGGAAAACCAAGUCUGUUAAAAUGUCUGAUACGAAUGUUUGGUGUUGAAUAUGCUUUGUUAGGAGUGAUACUAUUUAUAGAGGAAGGAACAAAAAUCGCUCAACCAUUGUUAUUAGGUCAGCUUAUUCGCUAUUUUACUCCUGGGUCUACAGUAAGCAGUACAGAUGCCUAUUUAUAUGCCAUGGGUGUGAGUCUAUGUGCCAUUAUUUUAGCUAUAUUUCAUCAUCCCUACUUUUUUGGAGUUCAGAGAAUUGGUAUGCAGCUUCGUGUUGCCUGCUGUUCCUUAUUAUACAGAAAGGCAUUACGUCUAAAUAAUACAGCAUUAGGGCAGACAACAACAGGACAAAUAGUUAAUCUUAUGUCCAAUGAUGUCAACAGGUUUGACACGGCAGCUAUUUUCCUGCAUUAUCUGUGGGUAGGACCAGCACAAGCAAUCCCUGUUUUAAUUAUAUUGUGGAAUGAACUGGGACCAUCAGCAAUGGCAGGAUUUGGUGUGUUGCUCUUACUGGUUCCUGUCCAAAGCUGGAUGGGUAAACUUUUUUCCAAAUUCAGACACAAGACAGCUAUACAUACAGAUGAAAGAGUGAAAGUUAUGAAUGAAAUUAUAUCAGGGAUGAGAGUUAUUAAAAUGUAUUGUUGGGAAAAACCAUUUGGUCAGCUUGUAGAAAAGAUCAGAGGGCAGGAGGUGAAAAAAGUGAAGUCAUGUUCUUACAUAAGGGGUUCAAUUAUUGGAUUUUUCUUUAGUUCUGCAAAGCUGAUUGUGUUUUUAACCUUUCUUGCAUAUAUUAUGAGUGGACAUGCAUUGUCAACUGAGAAAGUCUUCGUCACAAUAGCUUUGUACCAGGCUAUCCGCCUUUCCACAACACUUUUCAUCCCUUUUGCCAUCCAGUUUGCAUCAGAGACUAUGGUUACAGUUAAAAGAUUGCAGAAAUUUUUGUUGUUGGACGAGUUGAAAAAGGAAAGCCAUUUAGAACGAGCUGAUUCUGUGGAGCCAGGGGACUGUUACAUCUCCAUCAAUAACAUCACAGGAAAAUGGGACCCUGAAUCAGAUCAAACAACACUAAAAGACAUUAAUGCUAAUGUUCAGCGAGGCAAACUGUUGGCAGUGAUUGGUCCAGUUGGAGCAGGGAAGUCUUCCUUAUUGAUGAGUGUUCUUGGAGAAAUCCCAUUAGUAAAUGGUGAUGUCAAAGUACAUGGCAGAAUAUCUUAUGUGGCACAGCAACCAUGGGUUUUCUCUGCAAGUGUACGACAAAACAUUGUGUUUGGCAAUAAAUAUGAACAGUCCAAAUAUAACAGGAUACUGAAGGCUUGUGCAUUAAAUAAGGAUAUUGAAUUGAUGCCAAAUGGAGAUGCUACUCUUAUUGGAGACAGAGGGGUUAGUUUAAGUGGAGGUCAGAGGGCAAGAGUCAGUUUAGCUAGAGCCCUUUACAUUGAUGCAGAUGUUUAUCUGUUAGAUGAUCCUCUAAGUGCUGUGGAUGCAGCUGUUAGUAGACAUUUGUUUGAAAAAGUUGUUCUUGGAGUACUAAAGAAUAAACCAGUGAUUUUAGUGACACACCAGCUCCAGUUUUUAAAAGAAGCAGAUGAAAUAUUGAUAUUGAAGGAGGGUAAAUGUUUAGGGCAAGGAACAUUUGAUGAAAUGUCAACAUCGGGAAUAGAUUUCUCCUCUCUGCUGAAGCGAGACAAAGAGGACGAAGAAGUAAAGGAAGAAGAUCAUCACCAGGAAGUCAGCUAUCAUUUAGAAAAUGCCAAAUUGGCAAAUAUAGGAUCGAUGAUGUCUUUGACAUCCAUAGGAACUGAAUUUGAGCCUGACCCAGUACAACUACCAGAAGAAGAAGAGAGACAGGAAGGCACUGUAGGAUGGAGAGUUUAUUAUGAAUGGCUCAGAAAUGGUUGUGGUCCCUUUAAGUUUAUUAUUUUGCUGUUACUGAACUUAUUAACCCAAGGACUGUAUGUUAUGAGUGAUUGGUGGUUAGCUUUAUGGUCAAAUAAAGAAGAAAAUAAGCAUGCUGCCAUUUCACUGGACAGUGAAUUACGAUUUCAGGGAUAUAAUGUUACAAAUGUAACUAUCCCUUUUGUGGACACACAUCAAAAUGUAUACAUCUUUACUGGUAUCAUAGCAGCUGUGUUCCUGUUUGGUCUUCUUAGAGCUCUUAUGUUCUUCAAAGUAGCUGUAGAUUCUUCUAUGAACAUGCACAACAAGAUGUUCAACAGUCUACUUCGUUCUCCAAUCAGCUUCUUUGACACAAAUCCAGUUGGUCGAAUAUUAAAUAGAUUUUCUAAAGAUACAGGGCACAUGGACGACCUUCUUCCCAUUACACUGUUUGACUUUAUACAGUGUUUUCUCCUAAUUGUUGGUAUAGUAGUUGUUGUUGGAAUAGUGCUUCCAUGGGUAUUUAUACCACUCAUACCAAUAGGAAUACUGUUUGUCGUUGUGAGAAGAUAUUAUAUUAUGACAUCUCGACACAUUAAAAGAUUAGAGGGAACAACAAGAAGCCCAGUAUUUUCCCAUCUAAGUGCUUCCUUACAAGGAUUACAUACAAUUAGAGCCUUUGGAGUACAAGAUAAGUUUCAGGAGGAAUUUGACAACCACCAGAACCUGCACACAGAAGCCUGGUUCCUGUUUCUGGCUACCAGUAGAUGGUUAGCAGUACGACUUGAUUGGAUGUGUGCUGUAUUUGUUACAAUAGUGGCAUUCUUAUGUGUUGUUUUAGCUGAUUCUCUGGAUGCAGGAAGGGUAGGACUUACUCUAACUUAUGCUAUGACAUUGAUGGGAAUGUUCCAGUGGGCAGUCAGACAAAGUGCUGAAGUAGAAAAUCAGAUGAUAUCAGUUGAGAGAGUGAUGCAGUAUUCCAAAUUGCCCAGUGAAGCUGAACUAACUUCAGACAAGGACCACAAACCCCCACCAGACUGGCCAGUCCAUGGAAAGAUAACUGGUGAAAAGGUCUGCUUGAGAUAUUCUGAUACAGGUCCAAUGGUCUUAAAGUACUUAAAGUUUUGUAUAGAUAGCAAAGAAAAGAUUGGAAUUGUGGGUAGAACUGGUGCUGGUAAGAGUUCAUUAAUUGCUAUGUUAUUUAGAAUGAUAGAACCAGAAGGAAAAGUGAUGAUAGAUGAUGUUAAUAUUGUCGACAUAGGUCUACAUGAGCUCAGGAACAAGAUCUCUAUUAUACCACAGGAUCCUGUCCUUUUCACUGGAUCAUUGAGAAAAAAUUUAGAUCCAUUUGGUGAACACACAGAUUCCUCAUUAUGGAGUGCCCUGGAGGAGGUACAGCUAAAACCAGCCAUUGAAGAACUUCCUAGCCAGUUGGAAACUGAGGUUUCUGAAGGAGGGAUAAACUUUAGUGUGGGACAACGACAAUUGAUCUGUUUAGCCAGAGCUAUUCUACGUAGAAAUAAGAUAUUGAUGAUUGAUGAGGCUACAGCUAAUGUAGAUCCAAGAACUGAUGCACUGAUACAGAAUACAAUUCGAGAGAAGUUUAGAUACUGUACUGUGUUAACCAUAGCUCACAGACUGAAUACAAUAAUGGAUUCUGACAGAGUUCUAGUUCUUGAUGAAGGAAAUAUAAUGGAAUUUGAUCAUCCAUAUCUGCUCCUUCAAAUUGAAGAUGGCUAUUUUUCUAAAAUGGUGCAGCAGACAGGUCCAAGUGAAGCAGAGCAUUUACUAGGCAUUGCCAAGGAUACAUAUGACUCUUCUGGAAAGAAGGUUGAAAGGGUGGUCAGUACAUCAGAUGUAAACAUAGAUGAGUCAAUGUGUAUGAAGGAAGAUAUGAGUAAAGGUGCUUCAAUGGAAGGAAACAGGAAUGCUGUCAUGGUAAAGGAUUCUGUGAAAACAGAAAUAGACAGUGGAAGGAAUGGAGAACAAAAGGAAGAUCAGGCAAAGUCAGAUUCAAAUCAAAAUCUAUCUAUAGAAAAUAAUUCUGUAGUUGAGCAGAAUUCAAACCAGUUGACUGAACCAACUGAUAACGAGAACUCUAAUAUUCAACAUUCCUUGGGAAGUGAAAAUAGUCCAUUACUUAAACAAUCCCAUGAUCAUAAAAAUCCACAUGACACCACUAAUAAGUCACAUGACACCACUAAUAAGUCACAUGAUACUGUAAAUGAUGCCAAACUUGCCAAUGGUUUUCACAGUGAUUCAGAAGAAGCAGAGGAAACAGAACAUCUGAUUAAUCACAAUAGUCAAUAAGAUAUGAUUUAAUAUUCAUAAUCAAUUUAGAGCAAGUGAUUCUUUAUAGGAAUAAGAUGCAUUUUCAAAUCAUAAUGCUUUCACAAGUCAAUAUGGUAUAUAGAUACAAGUUAUGAGUUAACAUACAACAGGAACUUCUGGAGAUUUUAUUUAUAUUUCUUUUAAACAUCAUUAUAUUUGUAAAUCUUAUUUCAUUCAUGUUUUGAACUAUUUUCAAAGUUUCACAUUUAAAAUUAUAAUGAUUUUUAUAAAAAAUUCAUGAAACUCAGAUUUACCUUUUGUUGAAAUUGUUUAAGACCAUAUGCAAUUUUCUUCAAAAUCAAAUGGAAUUUUGUUUGAACCAUACAGGAAAGACCAGUAAAACAGUUUGAUUAAACAUGAAAGUUAGUUUUAAUAUACACCUACUGUGACAUCAUACAACAAGAAGUUUUUAUUAAUCGAUGAUGUCACAGGAGUGAAAAUACAGGAUAUAGUUCACAUUUGAAAUAUUGUUUUCUAUCUAACUUGAUAAAAAAUAUCCUGGAGACAGAUGAUUUUGUGUAAAAUAAUUUUUUUUAUUUGUUUAAAUUUUUAUCAGCAUUAUUUUAAUGUCAGAGUUGAAGGCUAGUAUUAAGUAAUUUUUUUUAUCUCACUAUCUUUUAUAUCACAUCACAAUAUACAAACUUUUUUAUUUUAAUUUCAAUGACAAGGAUGUUUGCUGUGGAUUCAUGAUCAUUAUUCGUGAGAUACUAAUUUUCUUGGAUUUCGUCGUUACAAGUGAACCACGAAAUUAAAUAUUCAACAAAUAACAAAUUUCCUUUAAUGUUGUAUGCAGACUUUCAGUUGGCAAAAAAUAUCCAAAAAAUGCAAGUUUUCCUCAAUCCCAAAAAAUAAAUGAAUCCACAGUAAUAUGUACCAACUCCCUUUUAGGAAACUUAUAGUUAUAUAUAUAUUUUUUUUACAUUCAGUACAAAUAUAAAAUCAUUUUAUAAAUUUUUUUUUAUCAUAUAUUAGCUAGGAGUAGAUUAGAUAUGUAGAUUUACUCAGGAAAACAAAACUACAAAUGUCAAAAAUGUACAAGUAAUAUAUCUUAAAAGGGCAUAGCUAAUCUAUAAAUAAAAUAAACACAUUCCUGUUCAAUUCUUCUUUUUUGAAUUUGCUAUAUAUCUAAAGUUACAUAUAACACUAUUUCUCUCAAAAUUUUGAAUAUUAUAAUUGUUAUGUGUGUUCAAUGUGAAAAUGGAGGUCAUGAUUUUUUAUUUGAAUAAUUUAGGAUGUGUUAAAUGAUGAAAAAGACAUUGUGAUUUUUGAAUUUGAAUGAUUAUGAUGUGUAAAUUUGAUGAUAUAAAUGGUGAUUGUUCGAGUUGGAAUAACUGCUACAAUGUUAAUGUUUUAUUAUUGAUCAUAGAUCUGUCUGUUAAGGUCUUUAGUCUCUUGUUAUAGCAUUCUCUGGACUGUCCAGUAAAAAGAUUGUUUCUGUUUGAAAAGCUCAAUCAAAACUGUGGCUUUUCAUUUUAACCUUAAAACAUAAGCCCUUGUGAAGGCUGUAGAUCAUCCUGUACAUGUUUGUUUGUUUGUUUUUGGUUUGAUUGUUCAGUUGCCGUCUCAUUUUAUUUUAAAAGUAAUUUAAAGAUGUUAGGUGUUUUUCAUACUUUUUGUUUGAUUAUUUCUAAAUCUAUAAAUAAUAUAAAAAAAAAGAUAUUGCAAGGACUAAGAAAUGUCGACUGAUGUAAAUAUUGAUAUUGAUUUUUUUUUAUUAUUAUACCAGUAUAGCAAGACACAGGUUUAAGACCAGUGAGAUGAAAUAAAUAAUUAUUUAAUCCUGUUGCUAACUAUAGAAAUUGAAAUUUAUACUUUGAGACUUGACAUUUACUUGAGGGGCGUAAAGGGGGGGUAUCUGCACGGAAGAACGCGAAAUAAAAUUGCCAUUUCACGAUGAACGAACAAUUAAAAAUUUCUUGCAAGUUGAUCUUUUUACCGAUUUCACGAAACACGGUGAAUAACGAACCUUUUUCACGGCUGCACGUGAAAUAAAAAUGGCAAAACACGUUGCACGAAAAUAACCCUUUACCACCCUCUUACUUUUGUGAAAUGUCAAAAAUUAAACUCAUCAAUCAAAAGCAAAUUAGAAAAUCUUGUAAAAGUCUAACCUUAUACACCAAUUAGACAUUUAAAAUAAAAAUUUAGAAUAAGAACAUCUAGUUCAUAAUCUUCACACAAUAACCUUAUAUAUUUCUUCAUAGUGCUGUAUGGUCUGUUAUUGUCUCAGAUUGGUUAUCUCCCUUUUUUAGCAUUACAAAAAUUUCCAAAUUAAAAUCUGACAGUUUUUCUUUAUAAUUGCUAAACUGUUUUGGGAACACUGCUAUAUUAUAUAAUAGACAGUUCUGUAAUGGUAUGAUUAAGUUUAAACAACUUGCAUGCCAAAAUGUCUUCAUUAUGUAAAAUUACUUCCAUGAAAAGGAAUUUACUUCACUGAAAUGUAACAAAUUAUGUAUUAGUUGUUUGAAAUAUCAAAAGAUGAACAUUUUUAGUUUUUCUAAACCCAAAAAUAUUUACAUCUCCAGAGAAUUUAAAACUUGAUGAUCUAAUAUCGCAAUUGGCACUAGAAGAAGAUUAUGAAGAUUAUAAUUCAAUGUUCAAUAUGGUGACAGUAUUGUUAUAUUUUACUUACAUGAAAUGAUAACAAAUUGGAUUCAUAAUUUUUAGUUUAUAAAUUUGUCUUACAGGGACACUGUUACAAAUUUUUUUGAUUAUACAAUUAUGCACAUUCCAAAUUAAAAAGCUCAAGAAUUUAAAACCUUUUGAUGCUGAUAGGAAAUUCAUUUUUAUUA